UGCUGAAACUUACUCCAAAACCCCGAGAGCGCAGCGCCACCGAGUUGGUCACUCGGGUCCAGGUCUGUGGGUGAGGUCCAAGUCCAAGUCCCGGUCAAGAACAUGGCUUUUAUGGUCAAAAGUAUGGUCGGGGGGCAACUGAAGAAUCUGACUGGGGGUCUUGGAGGCGAAGAGAAGGGAGAAGGGGAAAAAUCCGAAGCCGCAGCCCAAGGGAUGACCAGAGAGGAAUUCGAGGAAUAUCAGCGGCAGUUGGUGGAGGAAAAAAUGGAACGCGAUGCUACCUUUGCUCAAAAAAAGGCAGAGAGAGCAACACUGAGGACUCAUCUCAGGGACAAAUAUCGACUCCCAAAGAGCGAGAUGGAUGAGAACCAGAUCCAGUUGGCUGGUGGUGAUGUGGAACUGCCCAAAGAGUUAGCUAAAAUGAUAGAGGAAGACAAUGAGGAAGAGGCGGAGAAGGACUCUUUGAUCGGACAGCUGGCCAACAUCCAGAACCUUGACCUUGACACUUUGAAGGACAAAGCCCAGUCAACUCUGGAAGACUUGAAGCAAACUGCAGAGAAGUGUUGUAUCAUGUGAACUGGUAGGACUGAGUUUCACAAGGUUUAGUGCAUCACAAUGUACCAAUGGCGAAGAGCGAACCCAGCAGUGCACUGAUAAACAAAGCUAUGA